GGGGCGUAUCUGAAUACGGGUGCGCUCAGAACUCAUCCGCAUGGCUGUCUCCGGUGUUUACUGACGGCUUGAAAUGAACGCAGUUUCUUUAUUAUCCUCUGGGAUGUAGCUGUGUCUGAUUGGAGUGGUGUGGACAUGUCUCGACUUGUCCCUCGGAUUAUAAAUCGAAAUAAAUAGAGUUAGCGCUGAUAGCACGUGCACCGUGUUGGUCCCGUUAAUACCACAGUGAAGGCGUGUUGCUCGAGAGGUUUGUCAUUUUUAGUUUAGAAGUUUAGAAAUCCAGCAUGGAGCUGGAGAGAGAUUUCAUAAACACUCCUCCACCCAAAAAUGUGCGCUUCGGGGACAGUAUUGUCAACACUCUGGCCAAACUCAAGCAGGGAGACACGAGUGACUAUGAGAUGAUCAAGCGUCAACUUUCAGACCCUGAUAUUAAGGACGCUCAGAUCAUCAGCUGGCUGCAGGAGUUCAGGUCGUGCAUCACACAACUCGACAAAGAACACGAGCAGCUGAUCUACACGGUUCUGAGGCUGCCGUGGCUCGGGCGGAGUCACGCCGUGGUGGACGAAUACCUGGUGUUCCUCAGCAACCUCAUCUCGGCUCAGACCGUGUACCUGAGGUCGUGUCUCAAAACCCUGGUCUCGAAUUUGACACCCAGGAGGGUGAAAAUCCAGGAAGGGAACGUGGACAUAUCGGAUUCGGACGACGACGACGAGAACCUCCCCAGGAUAUUCGAUCACUGUCACCAAGCCCUGCAGAUGAUCUCAAGAUACGUUCCGUCGACCAGCCGGUUCCUGAUGCCGAUCCUCAACAGCAACUUCCCUUUCGUACAGAAAUCAUCCAGAACACUGGAAUGUUACGUUCAUAACCUGCUUCGGAUCACGGUCUACGUUCCGGCUCUGAGACGGGACGUGCUGGAGCUCAUCAUCAGCAAGAUGCUCACUCUAGAUGUGAGCGCCCCCCGUGGUGAGAUCGAGGAGGUGGAGAGUUCGAGAGAGCAGAACCAAGGCGCAGGGGCUCAGGAUGACUUCCUGUUCAACAUGGAUGAGGACGAGAGCUCUCCGCAUGACGGCGGCCCGCUGAUGUUGCACGCUGUAGCUGACCGACUGGACACGCUGAUGUUAGUGCUGCUGACCUACCUGAAGGAUAUGAGCCACGUUAAUGGUGUGGUGGAUGUCGAGAGAGUCAAAACUCUGUACAGAGAUCUGGUGUGUGUGUUCGAUAAGCUGGUGCUGCCCACGCACGCUUCCUGUCACGUGCAGUUCUGCGUGUUUUACCUGUGCAGCUUCCGCCUGGGUUUAGCUGAAGCCUUCCUGGAUCACCUGUGGAAGGUGGUACAGAGCCCGUCUCAGCCCGCUGUCCUCCGCCAGGCCGCCGCCAGCUACAUGGGCAGCUUCCUCGCCAGAGCCAAGUUCAUUCCCAUAGCGACGGUGAGGGCGUGUCUGGACCUGCUGGUUCCUUGGCUUCAUCUCUACAUAGACAGCCAAGAUUCGGGGUCUAAAGCGUUCUGCGACGUUUCUGUGCACGGGCCGUUCUACGCCUCCUGCCAGGCCGUGUUUUACACACUCAUCUUCAGACACCGAGCCAUCCUGGAGGGCAACAUGAAGAAAGGCUUGGCCUAUUUACAGAGUUUGAAUCUGGAGCGGAUCGUCAUGAGUCAGCUGAACCCGCUGAAAGUGUGUCUGCCAGCCGUCACCAACAUGUUCGCCGCCAUCAUGAGGAAAUAUCAGCUGGUGUUCUGCUACACGAUCAUCGAGCGGAACAACCGCCACAUGUUGCCUGUAGUGAGGAGCUCAGUGGGCGGAGACUCUGUCUGCACCAGCAACAAUCCUCUGGACACGUUUUUCCCCUUUGACCCGUACUUACUAAAGAGAUCCGGACAGUAUUUCGAGUCGAUCUAUCAGGUGUGGGAGGAGCCGAGCGACUGCAUGGCAGCUCCGAAGAAAGAAGUCAAAAAAAAUUCUACAGAAGAAGAAGACGACUUCCUACAUGGUGAAACUCCUCAGGCUGACAUGGUGAUUGGGUCGUACGAGUCGCACGUCCGCAGCCCCAGCAGUGUGGGCUCUCCACCCAUCGCCUUCCUCCAACGGCCCUUCUGAUACAUACAUACAUAUACAAACAUAUAUAUAUAUAUAUAUAUAUAUAUAUA